AUGAUGCGGUCUGGCUUUGAUAAACCUGGCGCUCUCCCACUCCUCAUCCUGAUUGUGUUCUCGCUGCUCACAUUGGUGCCAUCACUCCCGAAUCUCUACCACUCCAAGUUUGCCGACUUUAGCUUCUACACUGGUGCAGCUCCCCAGGUCCCUCUCCUGCAAGAUAGUGUCGCCGAAUUAACACCGAAAUCACAUCCUCUCAACGAACCUCGCAAAUCAUGGGUUCUCGCACCAUCACAUCGAUCGCGAGGCAAUCGCCCACCAUUUACCGCACGCGUUGGAAAUGCCGGGGUCCCAGCCAGCGAAUCGACAGUCACAACUAAAAGUCGACUUUCAUCCCUAACUCGCGAAUCCUCAUUUUCAUUCGGCCGCAGAGCCCGCGCAUUCAGAACCUACUUCAUCCAACAAUUAGAUGACUACCCAUUCCUCACCUCAUUCUCCAACCGCAGCCUUGCACCCUCGACACAUCCAUAUCCUACCACGACCAUCAACGAUACUCUCCCAACCGACAACGAAUCUCCCAGCAUCCCGUCAUAUAAUCAUUCCGACAGCAUCCAGUCCCCACUGCUGCCCUGUCCUGCCUCCCUCCGCGAUAUGUGUCAGCAGGCCUACCAUGUCGCUAUUGAUAUGGGCAAACGGGUCGGACUCCACGGAGCAGCUUAUGCGAAAUCGAUCUUCCUCCCGGAGCAGAUCGCAGCCGCACCAUUAAUACCACACCCCACAAUUUCCAAUACGGUCGCAGAUCAAGACCCAUUCACUCCGUCUGAGCAAGCACCCCAACAAAAAGUUGGCGCUGAGGAUUCUACCGAUGCUGCCGCUGGUCGGCACUCGCGCGAGCUCCAUGGUAGCUGCAUGGCAGUUGUGAUCGGUCUAGUUGCGGGCAUCAUGUGGUUCUAG